AUGCUGGGCUUGACGGAUGAAACGGGUGUCAAGGUUGCCGACGUCAAAGUCGACCUUAUCUCCACGCUUCCCACCGAUUUGCUCGAAAAGGUCGAUGACGCAGUGGCGAGUAUGGCCGGCACCACGUUCGCCGCCGUUUCUGGACAGGUAGAUUCCGGUGCCUCUGCGGCCCAGGCGGGAUAUAAUGAUGCACAGAUGAUCGGCGAUUGCAUCCCUGCUCUCGCCCGAACACUGCAAACAGCCGCCACCAUUGUGCGCACAGUAUCAAAGCUAACCGUUCAACGACGCUUUGUUCCCGACCGCCUCAAUGCGUUUAUUGUCGACCAAUUCGAACACGUUUAUGUGCUCAUCGAUGCUCUCGAUGAAUGUACGAACACAGAGACACUGACGAUGUUGAAGUGGAUUGAAGAGGUUGUCAGGAUCCUAGGCAGCGGGCUGCGUUUGCUAGUCACGAGUCGACAGGAAGGUGAUAUCGAGAAAAGUCUUGGUCAACUGUGCACUCAAGGCCAUACUAAACUGGCAAACAGACGUGAGGAGAUCAAGGCUAGUGUGAUGAAGAAUGCUCAGGGAAUGUUCGGACUGGCGGCGUUGCAGAUUGAGGAUCUCUCCAAAUGUCACAAUUGGGCACAGAUGAAGAAAUCCUUGGAUCGUCCUCUGAAGACUUCGUUCGAGAUGUACUAUCAGAUCUUGAAUCGGCUCGAUUCUGGAGAACGCGAAGACGCCCUUCAUAUCCUCUAA